AUGUGGGAUUGGUUUAAUACCGCACACAUCUCAACCAUUAGCGUUAUUCUCGCAGAAGAUGCAGCCCGCCCAAACGCGUUACACGUUAUUCUCGCAGAAGAUGCAGCCCGCCCAAACGCGUUACAGUACUCUUGGUCACGAAUUACUCGCAAUUUACCUUGCUAUUCGCCAUUUCCGGCACUUAGGGUCGAUGCCACUAUAACCGACCUCAAGCCACUCACCUAUGCCUUCAACGCCAAGCCUGAUCCAUAUUCACCACGUGAGAUACGCCAUCUUGAAUACAUUUCACAGUUCACCGCCGACAUUCGGUACGCUCCAGGUUCGGACAAUGUCGUCGCAAAUGCCCUAUCCCGUCCUGAUAUCAACGCUCUUCCCCCAUCCACACAGCUGGACCUAGCCAAGCUGGCUAACUUUCAAAAUGGUGAUCCUUAUUUUUUACCCACUCUAUAUCUUUCCCCUCAUUUCAAGUCUCUUCAAUUCCCUUACCCCUCCAGUCCGGAACCAGUUUUUGUGAUAUGUCUACAGGCUCCGCUCGCCCAAUCGGCUCCGAAGCUUUUCGACGAGUUGUUUUCGGCAAUUUUCAUCGAUUUUCUCAUCCGGGAAUCAGAACAACCAGGAAGUUGA